CGGGUCGAACCAGCGGCUCUCUCGCCCGCAAUCCCGAGAAAGAUGUCGGGAAAAAUAAAGAUAACGGGAAGACGAGGCGGGAGGGACACAGCCGUGCACGUGGGGGAGCCCGUGGGCCCCGUGAGGUCGGGGAAACUGAGGUUCAGGGGCAGGAUCGGAAGCCGGUUUGACCUACACGCGGGGGUCGCUUAACCGCUGUGGUCUUAACAGAUGCUUGUGGAAGCCCUGUCCGUGCGGGGCGAGGGGCUUCCUCCCGUAGAGCCCCUGGCCUGUAGGAAGUCACUCUCUAGUGGGGGAAGGGCUGGAUGAUUGAUCGCAGGAUUGCCUGGCAGAUAGCACGCCAUACUACUAGUACAAAGGGUGUGCCAGGGUCUGUUAAAUGCCGGAACCACAGCUGUGAACAGGUCCACUCCCACCCAUACUACGUGUGCAGCAUGUACACAGUACAUACACGGAGGGCGAUCAUAUGCUGGCAUGGUAAGAGUGACCUUUGGGGUUGCCUGCCCUGUGCCAGGACUGAGCUGGGUCUGGAGACUGAAGGGUGAAUGAGACCCACGCUGAACCGACAGGGCCCACAGCCUGCUGGGGGAGCAGACAGACAAUUAUAGAAUAGGGUUCAGGCAUUUCACACAUUACUAUGUGUCACCUAUUAUUCUAAUUAUUUCUCAUGUUUUUGUAACUUUCCAAAGGAAGGCCCUGCCCUUUUAUUUUGCAGUGACCCCCUCCCCCUGCCAGUUAGCCCAUUGCUUUCUUAGGGGGAGUCACUGUUAAGGGACUAAUUGACUCCAGAGCAAGGGCCACAGCGUUACAUUUCUUGCGUCCCACAGGGUAUCCUGCGCAGUGCUGGGAAUAUUCCAGGCCGUCUGGGCUUAGGUGUCUCCAAACAGGAUAUUCGUGAACAAAUUUGGGACUACAUGGAAUCACAAAAUUUAGCUGACUUUCCCCGACCUGUUCAUCACAGGAUUCCCAACUUUAAGGGGUCUUAUCUGGCUUGCCAAAACAUCAAAGACCUAGACGUUUUUGCCAGAACACAGGAAGUUAAAGUGGACCCUGAUAAACCACUGGAAGGUGUUCGGCUGCUGGCGCUGCAGAGUAAAAAAACAUUGUUGGUUCCAACACCACGACUGAGAACAGGGUUGUUUAAUAAGAUCACACCACCCCCUGGGGCAACUAAAGACAUCUUGAGAAAAUGUGCCACCUCUCAGGGUGUGAGGAACUACAGCGUCCCCAUAGGCUUGGAUUCCAGAGUCCUUGUGGAUUUAGUCGUGGUGGGAUCCGUCGCCGUUUCUGAAAAAGGCUGGAGAAUCGGGAAGGGAGAAGGCUACGCCGAUCUGGAAUAUGCCAUGAUGGUAUCCAUGGGCGCCGCCAGCGAGGAGACGCCGGUGGCCACCAUCGUCCACGACUGCCAGGUCGUGGACAUCCCUGAAGAGCUUGUUGAGGAGCACGACAUCACCGUGGACUACAUCCUCACCCCAACCAGAGUCAUCGCCACAGGCUGCGAGCGCCCAAAGCCAAUGGGAAUCACCUGGUUCAAGAUCAGCCGGGAGAUGAUGGAGAAAAUCCCCAUACUGAGGAGCCUCCGCGCCCGAGAGCAGCAGGCUGGGAAGGAUGUCACCCUCCAGGGUGAGCACCAGCACCUUCCGGAACCAGGCCGCCAGCAGACAGUGCCCCUGAGUGCUGACAGGAGGCCCCCGGACACACCCGGGCCAGAAGCCAAUUCCAUGGAGGCAGCCCGUGGCUCCCCACCAGGGGAGGGUGCCCUGCUUACAGCCGAUGUUUUUGUUGGGAACCUCCCCCAGGACGCCCGUGUGAGUGACCUGAAGAGGGCCCUGCGGGAACUGGGCUUCGUGCCCCAGCGGCUCACCUGGCAGGGCCCACGGCUCAGAGCUUUCCUCCACUACCCGGACUCGGCCACAGCCCAGCAGGCUGUCUCCUGCCUGCAGGGCCUGCGCCUGGGCACCGACACCCUGAGGGUGGCGCUGGCCAGGCAGCAGAGGGACAAGUGACCUCGUGGACAGCCAUGAUGCUCACUGCAGACUCGCCAUCCCCAUCCCCUGCCGCUCCGGUUCUGGUGGCACUCGAGAGGUCUGCGUGGCAAGAUGUGUCGGAGCCACCGCCUGAGCUGCUCGGGUCUCAGUUCUUCUCAGAAGUCACCGCUCAGUGAACGCCCGGGACCUCCUGUGAGUGGGGAAGCUGGCCUGCAGUUCAUCUCACAGCACGCAGAGACUGCAGCCUCCCAUGCGUGCAGGCUCGGGCCUUGAGCCAGUUUGCGUUUCUCUGGAGGGACAGAGCAGAGGGGCCAGGGACUGAGUGAGUGGCUAAAGCAGGGGAGGGUGAUGUGAAGGUGAUCUCGGGUUUGCCAGGGGUGGGCUGAACAGGAGAAGAUGAACAAAGGAUCCGGCUCUCAAGAGGCCCUGGCAGGGACUGGAUGCCAGGUACAGAAGAGCGCCCUUGGGCUUCAGGCUCCUGAGCCGGCAGCACGGCAGGGAGAGCUCCAUCCAUGUCGCAGGAGCCCUGGGAGCUCAGCCCCCGGGUAAAAAGUGCUCACUGCAGCUCACAUCAGUCCUCAGGUCACACUUUGGGGAGCCAGCCUCCCCUCUUCCCCUCCCCAGCCCCACUCCUCCCUCUGCAGACACACACUCCGGGCCCUCAGCCAGCUGGCUGCGUGAGGAGCAGCUUUGAGCUGUGGGAGAGACCGGCUCUGGGAGAAUGGGUUUCAUCCCAGCCUAUGUCACAUUUGCCCAGUGCCUUAUGUUUUCUGGGUUUUUUUCCUCCAGUUCUGUUUCUAAAAACCAGCUGGAGUUUGGCUGAACUGUCCUUUCUCAACAGAAGCGCUUUUGCAAUUGAUCCCGGGCAACAAGUCAAAAUAAGCUUUUAAGUGGAGAUUUUGUUUUUUUCAAAUGUAUAUGCUUUGGAAAUUUUGAUUUUUUAGCCAGAGGGUUUUACCAAGUGUUAUUUUAAGCACGUGAUGAUGCCUGGAGAGGGCAGUCCGUGCACGCACUUUCAGGAAAAUGUUCUCGGGACACUCAGUCUUCUCGGAAAGGGCAUUUUCUCGUCGGUUUUACCGUGAAAAUGCUGUGGAGACUCUUCGGACAGAAAACGCAGCCUUGGAUUCGCUCAUUAAAGACAUCCCUCCCCAAGUCGCCAUGAAUAAAAUGAGCUGGUAGAAAUGUCUGCAAGCGCCACACCUGGCCCUGGGCCCUGGGACCUCUGUGUCCUUGGCCUUGCCCCCACCCACACGGCUGGUCACAUUUGCCAUUGGGCAUUCAGCUCAGUGUCAGAGGCCGACUCAGUCCCCAGUUGAGAGUAGUCACCUGGUUACAGUGAACUCCUCACCUUGUUUUCUCUCUUUUUUUAAAGAAUGCUUCUUUUUUUGAAAGAUUCUUUUUUGUUUCUUUGUUUACCUUUUUUCCUGUGGAUUUGUCACCAUUAGAAUAGCAACUGCAGGAGAAGAGCAAGUGAGUCAGCCCCACCUUGUCCACUCCCUGCCCCACCAGCAGUGGGCACAGUCCUGCAGACAGGAGCAAGGACAUCGGGGAAUAGACCCACUGCAGCCGGGAGAGGGAGAAGCUGGAUUCUGACCCCACCACUGGAACUCCUGUGUCCAGCCAUGCCUGAAGCCCACCCCACCCUCGGACGGCGGGAUUAAACCAGGCAGUACAGGGUUACUCGGGGAAGCCAGACUGCUGGGAUUUCCUGUCACUUCAGCCAGAAUAAUCCAGGUGUAUGGAUAUACAGAUAAUCCGAAAGAGUUUCUCAUUUUUAUAUUUGUGGAACAUCGUGUAAGCAAAACUAAAGAGCAAGUGCCUGAAAUAAAAUCCCCCACAUGUA